AUGUCGUCCAAGCUGAUUCCCACCAACCCGGCGGAUGUCAUGGUUAUCCGCGAUGUCACGCCUAAUGUGAUCACCUUCUCGGUGCCAUUCAAGCGGUUUGGAAUCAUUCCUAUUGGUGGAAGGGGUACUGUUGUAAAAUUGACAUCUGGCUCCCUCGCCGUCUUCUCUCCUGUCGCCCUCACCCCGGAGGUUCAGUCCAAGCUGGCUACCCUGGGGGGCACGGUCAAGUACAUCGUCGCCCUAGACUAUGAGCACCACAUUUUCAUCACCGAGUGGCACAAGGCGUACCCCGAAGCCAAGAUCAUCGGUCCAGAGGGCUUACCCGAGAAGCGAGCCAAGCAAUCGGCCACGGACCCAAAAAUUGGCAACGAGGCGUUUGCGGUGGUGUUUCAGGCCAAGGACAAGCUCUCGCAGCGGAUAGACGAGGAGUUUGACCGCGACUUCGCGUACGAGUACGUGGAUGCGCAUGCCAACAAGGAGCUGGUCUUCCUGUACAAGCCGGAGAAGGUGCUUAUUGAGGCGGAUCUGAUGUUCAACCUACCGGCGACGGAGCAGUACAGCCGGUGUCCCGAGGCGGAGCGCAAGGUGGGCUUUCCGGCGAAGCUGUUCACCAGCAUGCAGAGCACCGAGGGCGAGGCGAAAGGGAUGAAGAGGUUCUUGUGGUACGGGCUGAGCAGCAGAGACCGAAAGGGCUUCAACGAGAGCAUCGCGAGGAUUGAUGCGUGGGACUUUGAGACGCUGGUGCCGUGUCAUGGCGAGACCAUCGUGGGGACUGCGCGUUCGACAUGGAGCAAGGUUUUUGAGUGGCAUUUGACUGGUAAGAAAUAAGGACAAGGUGGUGAUAAUGUGGAUGAUGAUUGACUGUCCUGGGAAGAGAAGACAUAAUGAGUGGUGACGGUUUCAUAACUUAAUCUGUUCGCAAUGCAUGAGGGAGGCUUUGACAAAAACAGCUGGAAGAAAACGUGGACGGGGUAAUGCGGUACAUGACGAGAAGGUUGUAAUAAAGUCAGUUGAUAACAUAUUCUUCAUCAUUCCG